AAAACUUUUCAGGAGAAAUCGGACUCCCACGCUCUCUCUGCUUGUGUUUGUGAGAUCACCAAAAGCUCACUGUCUCGGCUUGGGUGGAAUAGUUAUGCAGGAGUGGCGGCGCGAAAUUUGAAUAAAGCUUCGCCAGCCGUUUUUCCUUUUCCCUCCAAUAUGGUGGAAGGUCCCGGUUGCAAGCUGAACGGGGAGAAGAUCAGUAGUCGAAUAGCACCGGGUCAAAUCGUGAGGUGUGUGCGGGGAACUGCACUGGUCCCUUCUGCAUCGCAAGAUGGAGCCUCAAAGAGAAGAGCCGCUGACGGCGUCUCGGAUAAGAUUUCCGGAAAUAAGAAUUUGUGCCAGAGUUUCUUAAAGGUGCUUAAUGGAUGUAUGUACUAUGGCGUGGAAACUUUGGGGAAGGAACUUUUCAUGUACUUUGGAGAGAAAACCUUAAGGAUCCACUUUGGAAUGAAUGGUUCUUUACGUAUAAAUCCAGAUGCAAGCCAAAACAGAAGUAUAACACUAACAGCCUUAGAAAUACAAUUUACUACUGAUUUGAUUUGUUUCUACGAUGCAGCUGUAGAGCUUAGAAACACAGUUCAAUGUGAAGAAAAAAUUAGAAUGCUGGGAGAUUUAGAUGUCUGCUGUUCAAAAUUUAGCUUCCAAAGAGCAGAAAGUGAAAUUAAGAAGCAAAAGGGUCGUAUGUUAUGUGAUGUAUUGCUUGAUCAGGCAGUCCUACCUGGAGUGGGAAAUAUCAUAAAGAAUGAAGCACUUUAUGACAGUGGUCUGCAUCCAAUUGUUAAAGUUUGUCAAUUAACAGAUAAGCAAAUAUGCCAUUUGGUGAAAAUGACUCGGGAUUUCUCACUUCUCUUUUAUAAGUGUUGCAAGAUGAGAUUGGCAGUAAGUAAACAUUACAGAGUGUAUAAAUGCACCAUUUGCCGCCAGUGCAGUGGAAAAAUCACAGUAUGUCGAUUAGGAGAGAACAACAGAAUGACCUAUUUCUGCUCACAGUGCCAAAACGACAAACCUCAGCCUGGGAAUUUGGGCAGACAGCCAAGAAGAAGUAGUUUAAGUGGCUGGUCAUUCAACAGGGAUUCUUCUUCUGGAGAAGCUGCUCAGAAGUCAGAAGAAGAGUGGGCCUGCAUUCUCUGCACUCUAAUAAACAAGCCUUCUAUGAAAAUAUGUGAUGCAUGCCUGACUCCACGGCCCAAAGGAAAAAAUGGAGGUUUAACAACAGAUAAUGGUUCCUUAGUCAAAUAUCCAUGUAACAACUUUGGAAAAUCAAGAGUGGAAAUUAAGAUAAAUAGGAAGACGGUAUUUGGGACAGCAACUCUAGUACUGACAGAUUUUGCUGGUAAAGACAUUCUACUGGAACAUAACAGAAGUGAAAGUCAAACUCCAGAUGGAGGCUCUCUGCAUGAUCCUUUGAGAAACAAUUUUAACAGUACCAACCCUUAUGAAGUAAAUUCAUCAAUACCUUUUCCCUAUCAACAUAAUUCUUUAAAGCCAGCAUCAAAGAAGCAGAAAAUUGAUUGUUCAACCUCAUCUGUUGGAAGCCUUACUGAGAAAGUUGUAAACAGAGCACCUCCAGAUAAUAUGACAGAUGGCUUUUGCACAUUAAAUGCUGGCAGUCCUCGCUGCAGUAAACACAGUCGCUUCUGUGUUCUUCGCAUCGUGAGGAAAGACGGAGAAAACAAGGGCAGGCCAUUUUAUACUUGUCCUUUGCCAAGAGAAGCCCGGUGUAACUAUUUUGAAUGGGCAGACCUGCAUUUUCCUUUCUGCAAUCAUGGGAAGCGCUGCAUUAUGAGGACGGUGCUGAAGAUUGGCCCUAAUAAUGGAAAGAAUUUCUUUGUGUGUCCUCUUGGGAAGGAUAAACAGUGUGACUUCUUUCAAUGGGCUGAAAACGGUCUAGGAAUGAAGAUUAUCCCAGGAUGCUGAGCUAUUCAUCUACACUGGACUAUCUGGUGUUAAUCUUCUCAAACUGUGUGUGCUAUCCUGCUCUUCUGUAAGAGAUAUUUUAGGAGGGUUAUGAUCAAGUGGCAUUUUGUGAUUACAAAUUCUUUUGUGUUAGAUAUUUGAACAUUCUUUCUUGUAUCCCACUUUGUAUUUCUGCUAUUUUCUGUUCCUUAUUUGUUGCAUUUUAUCUAAUACUAGAACAUUUCAGAGUUAAUAUCUGAACAAUACGUAGUCUUUUUCUUAUCUUAGUUGUUCCCUCAUAACACACCUAUGUAAACUUGGAUACCAUUGUUCAUUGUUUGCCCUUCAACUUUUUUUCUUCUUUGUCUUUACAUAAAAAUUUUAUUUCAAUGCAUUUACUAUGAAUAGAUUAUAAUACAUUUUAAUCAGUUAUGAAAGAUUAAUAUUUUCAAUAAAAUGUUUCAAAUAGUGAUGUUUGUUCUUAAGAAUAAGCUAUAAGAUUGUUGUCAGAACAGAAAAAAUAGUUUAGAUUUAUUUAUUUACAUAGCUGCCUAUGCCACAGUUGUGACUGGUAUACAGAGGUUUAAAUAAAUAAAAAACAGCAAUUUCAUAUGCAACAUAAACAUCCUGAGAACUAAUCAGAAAUAACAGUAAUACUAGUAUAACAUACAUUCUGAAUCUAAAAAUCUACUCAUUUUCCAACAGUGUAGACCAAAAACUGGGAGAGGAACUCCACCAAAAGGGCUGGUUUAACCUGGUUCAAAUAUUUGAGGGAACAUCCAGAUCUUUAAUACCUUAUGAAAGCCCAAAUGUUUGGGGGGGGCUAUCCAGAUUCUGGGAGGACAGUGUGAUGCAUCAGGGGUGAAUUUAUGCUGAAGGUUCUUACAAAACUGAUUUGAAAAUAAUAGACAUUAAUAUGUAACAUUAAAUCAAAUUCUGUUUUAAAUAAUAAGUUUAAUCUGGUGCAUAAUUAGAAAAUAAAGCUUAAUUUCAGUAUGAUUAUGUCAUCUAAAUUGUCAUAAAAGCUGAAAUUUUGUCUUUUUAAACCAAGAGGUAGAUUUUAUCUAAAUUACAUCAAAAUCGUCAUUAUUUCAGUGGUGUUCUAAUUAAUGUUGAACUUCAAAUCUAUCAUCUCAUUCUUGGAAAACACAGGCUUAGUAAAUGUGGCACCCAUGGAUACUGCUCUUGACAUUCUGUAGCUUUUCAUUCUACUGAAUACAUCUAACAUCUAAAGCUGGAAUAUUCAAAGUGGGAAAUAUACUACCAAGCAUCGAGCCUAACUUGGCUAAAAGAAUGGUUGGAAUUGAAAAAUACCAGAAUUUUAACAAUAGAAUGACAUGACUUGCAAGCGGGGUGGCAUGCAUUCCUAUGGGACAAAAAUAUAAAAUACAUAGAUACUUUCAAAGACACAUUGUUA